CCGUCACCAUAAAUAAAAGACUAAACUGAGAGUGACAGGAGUAUUAUUAGGAGUAAUUAGUAGUACUAGUUAGUAGGAAGCUAAAGUCUGAGAGUGUCUGUCAAAGCUGAAGUCUCAAAAAAGGACAUGGAAGGAGAGAUAAGAGGCAGAGAGCAGCAAUAAGAGCAGAAGUAGAAAUUGAUUGCAGUUUUGAUUGGCACAAACAAGUUGUUGUUGUUGUUGUUGUUGUUGUUGGAGCAGAAGUAGAAUUUGUGGUUCACUGAAUAAGGGCUGUCCAUUUUUUUUUUUUUUUCUAUUGGAUUUUCAGACUCCAAUCCAUAACCAUCCAUACUCAGUGAAUUGAAGAGCAGCUGAAAUCAUACUUACUUAGUAGGGACAACCAAAGGUUAGCUAAAAUCACAGAGUUGGUAGAAAUAGGAGAUAGAAAUAGGAAUAGAAUGGGUGGGGUGACAUCAUCCAUGGCGGCCAAGUUCGCCUUUUUCCCCCCCAACCCACCCUCCUACAAGCUCCUCACCGACGACGUUACCGGGUUGCUCCUCCUCACCCCUUUUCCCCACAGGGAGAACGUGGAGGUCCUCAAACUUCCCACCCGUAAAGGGACCGAGAUAGUCGCCAUUUACGUUAGGCAUCCCGUGGCCACCUCCACCCUUCUUUACUCCCACGGCAACGCCGCCGAUCUGGGCCAGAUGUAUGAGCUUUUCAUUGAAUUAAGCAUCCACUUGCGUGUCAAUCUCUUGGGGUAUGACUACUCUGGUUAUGGACAGUCAUCAGGAAAGGUUUGUCAGAUCAAAUGCGUCAGGAUAAUCUUUUACUCAUUAACAUUGUUAAAGGGUAGGAUAAACAGUGUCGAUCUCCUUAGAGACACAGUAAUUAAUCUUUUUGCGUCUUCCUGUUUACAGCCUAGUGAGCAGCAUACUUAUGCAGAUAUUGAAGCUGCAUACAAGUGUCUUGAAGAGAGUUAUGGCACCAAGCAAGAAGACGUUAUCCUUUAUGGACAGUCUGUUGGGAGUGGUCCUACUUUGGACCUUGCAGCUCGCUUGCCUCGGUUAAGAGCUGUUGUUCUGCAUAGUCCCAUUCUAUCAGGCUUAAGAGUAAUGUAUCCUGUAAAACGUUCAUAUUGGUUUGAUAUCUACAAGAACAUUGACAAAAUUCCACUGGUUACCUGUCCUGUACUUAUCAUUCACGGAACUGCAGAUGAAGUAGUUGAUUUUUCACAUGGUAAGCAGCUAUGGGAGCUCUGCAAGGAGAAAUAUGAACCGCUGUGGAUUAAAGGAGGGAACCACUGUGAUUUAGAGCUAUAUCCGGAAUAUAUCAGGCAUCUCAAGAAAUUCGUUGCAACUGUAGAGAGAUCCCCAUCACAGAGGAUCAGUUCCAGGAAAAGCACGGACCAGUUCGAACCAUCUAGGAAAAGCACGGAUGUAUUCGAGGCUUCAAGGAAGAGCACUGACAGGAGGGAAAAACCUAGGCACAGUACAGACCGGCCAGAGAAAUUGAAAAAUCAGUCAAAUAACGCUGACAAACUUGAAAAAUUGAGGAUCUCCUUCGACCAACUGGAAAGAUCUCGGAGAAGUGUAGAUUGCAUCGAGAAGUCCAGGAAAAGCAUCGAUCAUCAAUUGGAAAGGGGUCGGAAGAGUGUCGAUAGGUUAGAUAGAAUAAGAACAGGUUAAAUUUUUUCCCCCCUUUUCUUUCUUCUUUCUCAGAGACAAUUUUGUAAAUCUAUGUAUUGUUUGAUGGUGUGGGGCAAAGCAAAAUUUACAUAGUUGUUCUUCUUUAUGCCUUUCCCCCUUUAUUUUGGGCCUUCUUGUCAGUUUGUGGCAAUUACUGAAUAAAUUAUGUGUGAAUCUGGUGAGUAAAUGUGUGGGGUGUUAUAAGUAGAA